AUGGAUUUUCUAAUUUUGUUUACCAUUUAUUAUUUUAUUUGCUAUAAUAAUUCCAAGCUUUUUCUUUUUUUGGGCUUUAUUCCAACAAAGAAUAACUCGAAAAAAAAAAUAUAAGAUUACUAUGGGGUGGGUUACUUAUACAAUGAAUAUAAAAAAGAAGCAUAUUUUUGGGAAUUGAUUAAAAUUGCAGAAAAAGAAUUAAUUAUACUUUCUCUUCUUUAUUAUUAAGAUAGUGGAGUUGCAAAAGGUGUUCUUGUACUAUUUAUUACUUAUUUAUAUUAAUAAUUAAAUGGAAUUUAUAAACCCUAUAUUUUGAAAAAGCUAAAUAGAUUGGAUUAUUAUUCAAAUACAUUUAUAUGA